CGGUCUGGGGUAAACGGUAGACAACAGACUGCCCGAAUGAUUCAUAUAUCAGCGAUGUGGACGUGCUUCAUUACGAUCAUAAUUUGUCAGUUGACAUGUCACGUGUUAGCAUUUGAUUGGACGGAAACUCACGGAGUCGUCCCUGACGUCAUAUAUGAGCCGUGCAUGAGCGAUCUACAGAUAACCUAUCAAGAUAAAGCAGUAGAAAUGGGAAAUGAAUUUACACCAACGGAGGUUGCCAUGGAACCAACAGUUCUAAGCUGGCCAACCACCUCAGAUGGAGUAUACACUCUCAUAAUGACAGAUCCAGAUGCGCUUGCUAGAGAAUUCAUUCACUGGAUUGUAGGCAAUAUUCGCGCCAAUGAUGUCAAUCAAGGAGAAGUUCUAGCAGAGUACGUAGGAAGUUCACCGCGGAAAGAUACAGGUCUGCAUCGAUACACGUUUAUUGUGUACAAGCAACGUGGAAUUGUUAACUUCGGUGACUGGGUCAAGGUGAACGCAACCUCAUCUCCGGCUGAGUUGAGUCCACGUAUCAAUUUCAGCACACGAAAAUUUGUAGAGGAUUUCCAGCUAGUUGAGUGCCCAUUAUCGUGUAACAUGUUUCAAGCUCAGAGUGAAGAAAAUAUGGACUCCCCCAAGAACGUUGAUAAAGAGAAAACAUUUGGUAACAACGUGGAUCAGGAGAAGGGUCCCCUUAACGAACCCAUCAAUCAGUACAAUGCUUCGACAGACCAGGAUAAGAAUAAGAAAGCAACCUCUUCGACAAAAAAUGGGUACCAAUGGAUGGCUAUGAUUGAUAAGAGACGGGAUCAGCAAUUUGACCUAUAUGACGAGAAUGGAAUACCGAAGGACGUUCCGUUUGAUAUGAGCGAGAAUGGAAAUGGAACUUCCAUAGACAUGUGGCAAAGUAAAAAUGGAACUUCUAUAGACAUGUGGCAGAGUGAAAAUGAAACUGCCAUAGACAUGGACGUUUCUGAAAAUGACACUUUUACUGACAUGGGAAUGAAUGUUAAAGGCAACUCUACUUACGUAGAUAAGAAUUGGGGAAGUGCAUCCACCUACAUGGAAGAGAACGGGAACAGCAAUUCCACUUACAUGGAAGCGAACUGGAACAGCAAUUCCACUUACAUGGAUGCGAAGUGGAAAGGCACAUCCUCUAACAUAGAAGAGAAUGGUGACUUUAACGUUUCGAUGGCGAGAAUGAGGCUGUUUCCACCACGCACACCUGUGGAGCUGGAGGACGAACUAACACCGAUAAAUAGAACGAUACUCGUAGACAGCGAAGAAAAAUAUUAAUUGUAUGCAUAUCCGUAAGGUGGAUUAGAAUAAGAGAACACAGAAACAGGUUAUAAUUACCGCAGAUUUCAUAGCGGUGUUUCAUCGCUACUUAAUCGAUUCUCCGCAAAACAAUUAAUUUUACAUAUCUUGCAAAUAUAUUCAAUAAGGGGAUCCGGUUUACUGUAUAUGUCCUUGUAGCAGUACUGGACAUUGGCGAGCGUACGUGUUGUUACUAUGCUACAAUUUUCUUGUGAAUGGAAGUGCGAGCACACUACAAGUUGUCACCCAGGGCAACCUAGCAGUAGACGGUCAUAGCUUUGGGUGGCGCACAAAAGCGCAUGUAUACGUACUUCCCUCUGGGGAAACGUGGCCGUGCGAUGCAUAGAUAACAAACAUUUGGUUUUAUUAGAAAAAAUAAUGUAUAGAUAUUUCCAGUAUCCACUUACUACGCACCUCGAAAUAACUAGUUAUGGAAGUAGGUGAAGGGUAAAUGUUUUUAGAUAUUCAUGUGAUAAAUUUGCAAACUGCAUGUAAUCUGGCAGGGCCACUAGCACGCUCAAAUAUUUGUUGGUAUAUAU